CCAGAAGCUGUUCCAGGCGGGCCUGCCCGGUGGUGUAGAGUCGCGCCCUCCUCCCACAGAACGUGCCCAGGCAAGGCCAGUCGCUCGUCAUGUCAGCUGCGAAGGCGGCGGAUGUUUUCCACAGAGCCCGGGGCAGGACCCUGGACGCGUUUUCCUCAGAAAAGGAACGGGAAUGGAAAGGGCCGUUCUACUUCAUCCAGGGUGCGGACACUCAGUUUGGGCUGAUGAAGGCCUGGUCCACCGGGAAUUGUGACACUGGUGGUGACGAGUGGGGGCAGGAGAUCCGUCUCACGGAGCAAGCUGUUGAGGCCAUCAACAAGUUGAACCCCAAACCCAAAUUCUUUGUUCUCUGUGGUGACCUCGUCCAUGCUAUGCCAGGAACUCCCUGGCGGAAAGAACAGACCAGGGACCUGCAGCAAGUACUGAAGGCCGUCGACCAGGACAUCCCACUGGUGCUGGUCAGUGGCAACCAUGACUUGGGCAAUGCCCCCACAGCCGAGACUGUUGAGGAGUUCUGCCAGACAUGGGGAGAUGACUACUUCAGCUUCUGGGUCGGGGGCGUCCUGUUCCUGGUGCUCAACUCCCAGUUCUUGUACGAUGCCUCCAGGUGCCCUGCACUGAAGCAGGCCCAGGACCACUGGCUAGAGCAACAGCUGAGCAUCGCAGAGCAGAAGCACUGCCAGCAUGCCAUUGUCUUCCAGCAUAUCCCACUGUUCCUGCAGAGUAUUGAUGAAGAUGACGACUACUUCAACCUCACCAAGACCGUGCGUAAGGAACUGGCUGACAAGCUCACCAGAGCAGGUAUCAGAGCUGUGUUCUCGGGACACUACCACAGGAAUGCUGGGGGAACCUACCAGAAUCUUGACAUGGUGGUUUCAUCUGCCAUCGGGUGUCAGCUAGGCAAAGACACCCAUGGGCUCCGUGUGGUGGUCGUCACUGCAGAGAGAAUUGUUCACCGUUACUACAGUUUAGAUGAGUUAAACAGGGGGAUCGAGGACGACCUGAGGGAGCUGCUGAAGGAGUGAUUGUUGCCCAGAGUCCACCCAGAUCUCACACCCAGCACCUUCCAUUCUACCACGAUAGUCUCAGCCCUUUAUAGAAAUGUCUGAGCAGAAAGGCGGGUUUGUGAAUGGAUGUGCUUUUACAUAAAUCAAAAUGCUGGGUCCUAGCCUUAAUUAUUUUCAUAAGAGGACUGUCUUUCCUUUAAAAUCCAGACAAGACGGCUGUGGCUGUUUUCUAAUUGUGGGGUGAGACUUUCCACAUGAUGUUUGGGUAAAUUCUUCUCAUUGUGCAGCUUUUAACUCUGCCCUUGAAUUCACUGUUUCUGACAACUUACAAUCAAUAACCACCUACUGCCCUCAAACCCAACUCAGUACCCAAGAGCAAUCUUUAAUAAUUCCUCAAACAAACUGCAUCUGCUUUUGUUAAAUUGUGGUCAUGACUCCCAGAAUGCUAGGAACAAAGGUUCCCCCUCCUUCCUGCCAGACCAAAUAGUAUCCCCCCAUACCCCCAUCCAGAGCCAAAUAGGUUCGUCAUCAUAACAGGUAGCUUCAUAGCCAUCAUUGGCUGUGAGUCUCAGGACUCUCAUUUCUGCUUGUGCUAUGAAGAUGGUGCAGGGGUCCACGCCAGGGUGUGUUUGCCUUUCUGAUGACAAACAUCACCUUUAGACAUGCAGACUCUGUGUUCCAGAAAACCAGAACAGAGACUGCAGCGUGAAGACCCUACACAACCCACGUGUUUCCCUGUGUGUAUUCUCCUGUAGGCAACCCACCCAUUGUGAGAGCUGUGACCUGGUGGGAAAGCGGGACUUGACACAGACUUCUCCCAAGAACAACACAGAACUAUAUCAUUGGGUAUAAUUAACAUUGUACCAUGUUAAUUGCCACUUACAUACAGUAUCCCUGGACAGAAAAGAGUGGGUUACUUAAAAUCCUUUUCACCAUGGAAUUCGCUCUGCUGCCUCCCCUGGGAGCUCUGACCUUUGUGAAUGUUCCUCUGUGUACCAGCCGUCCUGGUGUGCAAGUAGCCAGGGCCACUACAUCCUGCCAAGGAAGUGUUAUAGCAUCCUGAAGCAGCACUGGAGAAUCUAAAACCAACUUUAAAAACUCACUGGUUAUAAAUGAACCUCAAAGCCCACUAAAUUAGAAAACUUUCUUGUUAAAAAGUUUUAGUCAAUGUAGCAAAACCAUGAGAAAUUAAAUAAAAAGAUAAUUGGAUAUAUAAAUUCAUGAGGAACAAAAGAUACAAGAAGUUAAUUAUUUUACAGAUUGGUGACACACUAGAGCUCAUUGUUAGGAAGCACAAGAAAAUUAAAUUUUUCAAACCACAGUGAUCUUGCAGUGGUUGGCUGUGUUCCUGUUUGUUUUUGUUUUUUUACAGCAGAGUGUAAGAGGUCAGGAGAGGUCCUGGGUCCCAAAAUGCAUGAAACCUGAGCAUUGCCACUUUUCAGAGCAACAGGGAUAUCCAAGUGGGGUUUGCUGCUAUGGGGAGAAAAAACUGUGUAAUCUAUGUAACUCAAAUAGCAAGUCACUAUUCUGUUCUCUCCUAGGCCUUGUCUUUAAAAAAAAUUUUUUUUUUUCAUUAAAAGGAAAUAAAGACUUCCCACAUGUCCA